AUGUCAGCAGUACAAACAGUGACUAAAUAUGUAAAGGACGCGAGACUGGUAUACAGCGCAUUAAAUGGUGUAGUUGUGAUUUAUAAACCUGCAUCUUUAAACUUUAAUAGAAUGAGAGAUACGGUGAUCAGCAACUUAUGCAGAGAUUUAAAUGACAUGUAUACGAGGCCAACAAUGAAGCAUGUAGCUAUAGAAGGAGAAACAAAUAAGCAUAUGAAAGUUGUUGUUCGAAACAGUUUUGCAGACCAUCCGUUAAUAACAGGACCUCGUUAUCAACCAAAUGACUUUAAACUUGCUGCUUCAAAAAUUAUGCAACAGGACAUAUCUGGUGUAGUACUUUGUGGAAUUAACAAGGGUAAUCAAUUGAUUCAUAAAAUAAAAACAUCCAAAAGUUUAAGGUUUUACAGAGUAAAAGGAUUAUUAGGAGAGGCAACUGAUAAUUAUUUUCAUACUGGAAAAGUGGUAGAAAAAUCUACAUAUGCGCACAUAAAACGUGGUCACCUUGACAAGUUAUGUAGCUCGAUGCAAUCUUCUCAUCAACAACAGAUGUUUAAAUUGUCUGGUGUAGAUAUUCAAAGCCAAGCUGCAUACGAACUAGCAAUUAAAGGCCCAAUUAGACCAGCAGAUCCUAAUAUCCCUAUGGUAUAUACUAUUAGAUGUGUAGACUUUUCACCCCCAGAAUUUGUAUUAGAAAUUGUUUGCACAAAUGAAUAUGAUUUGUACCUGAAAGCCAUUAUUCAUGAGCUAGGGCUGAAGCUUCGUAGCAAUGCUACUUGUACUCAAAUACUUUGUAUACAAGAUGGCCUAUUUAAUAUAAAGCAUGCAUUAUUAACAAAGCAUUGGACUCUACAACACAUUGUAAACAACAUGCAAAUAUGUCAAAAAAUUAUAGAUCAGAAUGAAGAUUGCUUACAUCAGGAAAACCCUGAAUUAGUAAAACCUGCUUACAGUCCUAUGAAAAUUUAAGUAUUGAAUAAUCAUGUUAAAUAAAUAUUUAUUAUUUGUUA